ACGCCAGCCUCACCUCGCAGAUCCUCUCCUCCGCCACCAUGUUGACAAGGUGUGCCCUCGUGUUGCUAGUGCUGGUCGUUGCUGGAUCUCUGGCCGCGCCUGCCAUUGGACCAUCAAAACCAGCAGCUAAACCAGGUCCUCCAAAACCAGACCCUAAUACACCAGGGCCAGAGGCUGAGAACCCCGACACACUAGACCGCCCAGAUGAAUCAUCCCCCUCAGAUGAUGCUCCCUCACAGACUUCCAUACCUGGGUCUUCAGAAGGCAGCUCACCAGGCUCCGCCGGAUCCCAGGAAGAGGGAGAGUCAGAGUCCACAACUGAGGACUCUCCAGCAUCUCAAGGCUCCCAGGAUGAGGGCGAGUCAGAGUCCACAGCUGAGGAGUCCACAGCUGAGGAGUCCCCAGCAUCUCAAGGCUCCCAGGAUGAGGGAGAGUCAGAGUCCACAGCUGAAGACUCCCCAGCAUCUCCAGGCUCCCAGGAAGAGGGAGAGUCAGAGUCCACAGCUGAAGACUCUCCAGCAUCUCCAGGCUCCCAAGAAGAGGAAGCAUCAGAGUCCACAGGUGAGGAGUCCCAAGAUGACCCUCAAGGGGGGGACACCACAGAAGAGUCUCCAGAAGAGGGUGAAAAUAAGGAUGGAGAUGAGAGCCAAAAUGAAGAGAAGGAAGAUUCAGACGCUUCUGAGAGUGAGUCUUCCAACGGAGAUGCAGAGUCUGCAGAGUCGACCGACCAGUCGACAAAUGGGGGCGAGUCUUCUGAGGGCGCUUCGAGUCAAGACCCUCCUGGAUCUGAGUCCACGGAGCCAGAAUCAGAAUCUGAAGAUGCCGACCAAACCAAGGCAGAUGCUGAUGAUGCUGCUUCUGAGGAAACAAACUCAACAGACCAGAACGAUGAAGAGGCUCAGGAGGAGGACGACAGCAUGACAGACGACAGCGCGCCCGAGGUCGUGGACGCUGCUGAUGGCGCUCAACAGGACAACAGCGACGCAGACACGACAGGCGGAGACGAGAACGACGACAGCCAGAGCGUAGACCUUCCCACAGACCAGACUGAUGACCAGAAAGAAGCGGACACGCCCCCUGCAGCUCCGGCAGAGCAGAACGACACCCCUGCUCCCCCUGGUGAUACUAAUUAAAGAAUGGCUGCCCUAAGCCCCGCCCCUUGCCUGCUGCCCCGCCUUGUCUGUGAUUGGUGGAAAUUCUUCUUGCCCUGCCCAAAGUCUGCUUCUAUCUAAUGUGCAAAUAAUGAAUGAUGUUAAUAAAG